ACAAUUCGUUGGAAAAGCAGUUGCAAUGUUGCGUUGCACAAAGGGAAAUCAGUAAAGUGACCUUUUAAGUUCACGAAAACAAGAUAACUCAAUAAUCACGGCAGGGUCACCGGCGGAGAGCUAAUUGCAGCUAACCCCCUUGGCAUUUAGCAAACGGAAAAUGCUUCGUGACCGCUGCAGCCACACAGAAGCACCACCAACCUCAUCCACAGCCGCAUCCGCACCAGUGGAACUGGUGGCUUGCCCGCCAAAUGCGGCAGUCGCGGCGCUGGCAAGUAAAUAAGCGUCAUUCUCGCGUCCACCUUUGCGGGCACGUUCCGCAUCCGGAUUGUUGGCUCUCCGAACUCGUAAAUAUUUGGGGCCUCCGCCAAGCCAGCCAAGUGAUGGAGGCCAUCAUCAUGACGACCCUGCCCGCCCUGACGACGGAUGCCGGUGACAGCAGCAGCUUCUGGCUAACCGGAGCCCUCUCGCUCUCCGAACUGCUGGCCAACUCGAGCCACGGCCCCACUGGCAGCACAUCCUCGUCGGCCGGGAAUCCAUCGGCCGGAUCAGCGGCGGUGAAUGUGGCCAAGGACCACGAGAAGCACGUGAAUGACAGCGUCUCCACGGGUCUAAGCAACUACACCUCGUACCCCAGCUACAUUCACUACCGGGACAAAUACGACCUGAGCUACAUCGCCAAGGUGAAUCCCUUCUGGCUGCAGUUCGAGCCGCCCAAGUCGAGCACGUUCCUCAUAAUGGCGGCCCUCUACUGCCUCAUCUCGGUGGUGGGAUGUGUGGGCAAUGCGUUCGUCAUCUUCAUGUUCGCCAACCGCAAAUCGCUGCGGACUCCGGCCAAUAUUCUGGUGAUGAACCUGGCCAUCUGCGACUUUCUCAUGCUGAUCAAGUGUCCCAUUGCCAUCUACAACAACAUCAAGGAGGGGCCUGCCCUGGGGGAUAUAGCCUGUCGCCUCUAUGGAUUUGUGGGCGGCCUGAGUGGCACGUGUGCCAUCGGCACCCUCACCGCCAUCGCCCUGGACCGGUACAACGUGGUGGUCCACCCACUGCAGCCCCUGAGACGCUGCUCCCGCCUGCGCUCCUACCUGAUUAUCCUGCUGAUCUGGUGCUACAGCUUCCUGUUCGCGGUGAUGCCCGCCCUGGACAUUGGGCUGUCGGUCUACGUGCCCGAGGGCUUCCUGACCACCUGCAGCUUUGACUAUCUCAACAAGGAGACGCCCGCCCGCAUCUUUAUGGCCUUGUUCUUCGUGGCGGCCUACUGCAUCCCGCUGACCGCCAUUGUGUACUCCUACUUCUACAUCCUCAAGGUGGUCUUCACGGCGAGUCGCAUCCAGUCGAACAAGGACAAGGCUAAAACGGAACAGAAGUUGGCCUUCAUUGUGGCGGCCAUCAUAGGACUGUGGUUUCUGGCCUGGUCGCCCUACGCCAUUGUGGCCAUGAUGGGCGUCUUUGGCCUGGAGCGGCACAUCACCCCGCUGGGCUCCAUGAUACCCGCCCUCUUCUGCAAAACCGCUGCCUGCGUGGAUCCCUACCUGUAUGCGGCCACCCAUCCGCGGUUUCGCGUCGAGGUCCGGAUGCUGUUCUACGGACGCGGAGUGCUGCGGAGGGUCUCCACCACCAGGUCCUCGUACAUGACACGGUCCCGAUCCUCGUUCACCCACCGAUUGCGCAGCAGCAACACCGGUGAGGGCGGCGGGCCGGGGGAUCACCGGAUGGAGACCUACCUGAUGAACAACAACCUGAUGAUGGUGCCCGAGGAGACGGAGGAGAACGAGGAGAUCGUCGUGGUGGCCGAGAUCAACAACUCGGUGAGCAGCGUCAUGGAGCAGAGUAAGUUCUGAAGG